GAGAAGUACGGCGCGCAGCCGCCGAUCGAGCUGCUGCGUCAGUGGAUGGACACGAGUGGCUGGUACGACCGGAAGACGUCCGAGUUCCGGACGCUGAUCGAUCUAAGCUUCCUGGCGGCCAUGGGCCCGCCAGGGGCUGGGCGGCCCUUCCUCACGAACCGCUACCAGAGGCAUUAUAAUCUCAUCUUCAUCACGCCCUUCGAAAACGAGAGCUUGCAGCGCAUCUUCACAACGGUGAUGCAGUGGUUCCUGGGGAAGUUCUCGGGCGCCGUCGCCGGGGCAGCCCAGAGCGUGGUCAAGGCGACCAUCGAGCUCUACACGUCUAUCUCUGGCGGGAUGCUGCCGACUCCCAGCAAGCCCCACUACACGUUCAACCUCCGGGAUCUCUCGAAGGUCCACCAGGGCAUCUGCGCCUGCACCAAGAAGUCCCUGGAGAGUGCGGACGAUCUCGCCAG